UCUCUGGGGUACUUUGUUACUCCAGUUGGAGAAAUCAACCAUUCAACCGUUUACGGUGAACAUACCAAGAAAAUCACUAUUCAAGCUUAGAAUGGCGUAUGGACUAUCUUGAGUCGGUCCUUUGAGCCACAUAUGCACCAAACCAAACCAAAUAAUGUUAACAACGUAUGACCUAAUUUAAUCUCUUUUGCACAUCGUGAAAAUAGUUGCUUUUCACAUUUUUCAUACUUGAGGCUACUCUGAUUCAAACAUUGCGCAUCUCGGGAAUGAUACAAAUUUUUCUUCUUACGUCACGGUGAACACAAAGUUGAGAAUCCCUGACACGCCAUAAACAAGCAACAUGGCCGUCAAUUGCGAAUCGCGAAUAGCGACAGGACACAUGCUGCUGUUUACAAGAUAGGUAGGACGCAAAAGGACGAAUCCAACGAGUCUGGAUUAGUUUACGUUGAUGCGGUUCUAAGCUUAUCUUUGUCGUGUGCAAUGGCACAAGCUAAGAUCAACGUGCCGGACAAAUCCGGAAGUAUUAAGGAGAAAGAUACAGAAGAAAAAGAAGGUUCUACUGUUUUGCCAGAAUGUGCAGUGUGUCUGCAGCCUUGCAUUCAUCCUGCAAAAUUACCAUGCAAUCACAUAUACUGCUAUCUGUGUGUAAAAGGUGUUGCUAAUCAAAGUAAAAGAUGUCCGAUGUGUCGUCAUGAGAUUCCACCAGAUUUUCUCGAAAGACCUCAACUGGUAGAGAUUGAAGAGCCUCAGAAGGAGUCAGAUCAUCCAGAGGAAGAAUAUCAGUGGUUUUAUGAAGGACGAAAUGGUUGGUGGCAAUAUGAUCAGCGUACGAGUAUCGAAUUGGAAACUGCAUAUAAGCAGGGUAAAAGGACUUGCGAGCUGCUUAUUGCAGGAUUCCUUUACAUCGCCGAUUUUGGCUCGAUGCUACAAUUGCGCAGAAAUGAUCCUUCCAGGAGAAGGAGAAUUAAGAGAGAUCUGUAUAACGUUCCAAGAAAAGGAGUUGCUGGAUUAAGACUUAACGUGCAGGACGAAGAGAUUGUUAGAGAAAUAAGGGGUGCGGAGCGGCCAGCUAGUCCUGCAAGUGAUAGCAUGGGUACAGGAGAUGGCACAAAUACUCCUAUACCACCUAGCAACACACCUCAAACUCCCGCUGGUGGGACCGCAAGUGGUGACGCCACGCCGCUGAAUGACAGAAUAGAUCAGAGAUCAGAUUCCUUGCAUCAGGUGUUAGAACAAAUGCGUUCCCUAGUACUGAGGGAACAUUUAUCUUUAAGUAGUGAUACCGAACUUGAAGAAGAUACGGAGGAUGCAACGAUUGCGGAUUAUUCCGCUCUUUCAUAGUUACAAAUCUGAAAUACACGUACGAGAGUGAUAAUCGUGCUUGUGAAUCUCCAGUUCAUUUUCGAACUCUUUAUAUAUUAUUAUUCAGCUCAAUAAGAAUAAUAUAUUACGCAAAACUUUUUUCUCUCUAUUUUAUGUUUGUAUAUUAUGUUUGCUAUAGUAGAAUAUAAUGUACAAACUAUUAAUCUAGCAAACUACAUUGCUCAAUUACAAGCAUAAUCGAAGAUUUAUGUAUACUAAGUCCAUUGAGUUGUUAAAUAGUUAUUUUCAAUAACCACAUUCUUUUUCUGCU